AUGGAUUCUUUGAGGGAAAUUCCAGGGUAUGCAAAAAUGAUGAAGGACCUUAUGUCGCAAAAAUUUGACUUCCAGGACAUGUCCACUAUAACUCUGAUGCAAACCUACAAUGCGGUAGUGAUGAGGUCCAUGGCUCAAAAGGUGUCUGAUCCGGGUAGUUUCACUAUCCCAUGCACCAUCAGGAGUUAUGCUUUUGCUAAAGCAUUAUGUGACUUGGGAGCCAACUUCAUCAUUCUUGAUUGUCAAGUGGAUGAAGAGAUACCAAUUAUUCUGGGAAGGCCGUUUUUAGCCACUGUGAGAGCAUUGAUUAAUUGUGAGACUGGAGAAUUGAAAAUGAGGUUGAAAAAUGAAGAGAUAAUAUUCAAUGUUCAACAAUCUAUGAGGAGACCCAACGAAUUUGCAAAUUGCUCACUAGUGAAGGUCGUAGAUGUAAUACUACAUGAAGAGGAUGAAACUAUUAAUGUCAGGGAUCCGCUAGAAGCCUGCUUGAUGAAUCUAGAAAAUGUGGAUGGUGAGGAGUUGGCAGAGUAG